AUGUCCACCGAAGCACCCGAACCCUCGCUGGUGGGACUGUCCCUCUCUGGAUCAACAGCAUACGCUCCCUCAGCGUCAGGGCACAGCGCAAGCUCUCCCACCAAGACAAGCAAUUCUACGUCCUUCAGCUUCCCGCCCUUCGCGGCCUUCCCUCCAUUCUACACCUUGCAACCCAACCUCACCACCCGCGCACGCCAACUGGACCUCUGGUCGAGCUUGAUCCUGUCGUACUGUGCCUACCAUCGUCUCUUCAAGCUCUCACUCUCCUCUCCACCGCAAGAUCUCUUCCAGAAUACAAGUAUCAAGCGGAGUCUGAAACCAAACGACAUUCGCGCUGUGCUUGAGUACAUGAGCCAGUCUGGCCGCACCGUGGAUUUCAUCCCUUCUGCGUCCAGGAGCGAGCAGAGUAACACAUGCUGGGUGUACUGGCGGAGCAUAGGAGAGUGGGCAGACACGAUAUACGGAUGGGUAGACGACACUGGACAGAAAGGUGCAGUCUUGACCGUCUAUGAACUGAGAGAGGGGGAGGGAGUCAUUGGAAGAGAGUGGGAAGGCGUGGAAGAAGAAUUCCUGAGGAAAGUCUUGAACGUCUUGGUCAAGCGAGGAAAGUGCCAAGUCUUUGGGCAAGAGGAAGGAGCCGGAGUCAAGUUCUUUUAA